CCGCCUUGCACCGUUUUCGCCCUCCGGAGUGUUGCAGAGGAGCUGGCUGGAGAGGUGGAGGUCCCUGCCUAGGUGUUGCUCAUCCAGACCAUGGGGGAUCUGGGGAGACUCGGGUCUCAGAACAGCCCUGAAAAACGAACCUCCGAGUCGAGGGCGUCGGAAGGGCUGCAUCUGCAAGCCGUCGAAGGGUUGUGGGGAGAAGCCCUCUGUGAGAAACAUCGCGAGCCCCUCAAGGUUUUCUGCUGGGAGGACCGCGACCUCAUGUGCUUGGUAUGCGACAAAUCCAAGAAGCACCGAGCCCACUUGGUACUUCCCGCCGAGGAGGCAGCUCAAGAAUACAGGAAAGAGAUCCAGAUCAAGCUACAGAAUCUGAAGCUGGGGAGAAAGGCCAUUGAAGGAUCAAAGCAGACUCAGGAGAAGCAAACGGCUGCAUAUUUGGAAGACAUCAAAGCACAGAGAAGAAAGAUUGUGCAGGCCUUCCAGGAACUCCGCUCAUUUCUAGAAGAGCAGGAAUGUGUCCUCUUGGCUCGGUUGAGUGAUCUGGAGAAGCAAGAGGAUGAAAGUAGCACCAGACUUUCAAACAACAUUUCGCUUCUCAGUGACCUGAUCUGUGACCUGGAGAAGCACUGUCAGAGGCCUGCGGGUGAAUUUUUGCAGGUGGAUGUAGGGUUGUUGCUUUUUUAAACAUAAAUUGUUGGGGCUGUUUCUCCCUGAACCUAAGCAUCUUUGCAAAUUCACAACGCAGAUUAUCAUCUUUGCAAAGAUGCUUAGGUGGCAAAACAAAGAUGAUAAUCUGCGUUGUGAAUUCAGUCGUAAUUUCAGUAAGAAUCUUGUGACACUGGAUUUCCCCAGAAUCCCACUGACAGAUGUUCUUUCUUUGCAAAAUAAAUGCAGGGAUAUAGAACUUUGAACCAAACCUCUUUCUACUCAGUGGAAUAUUUCUAAGCAUUUCCACAGGAAUUAACAAACACUGGGUGUUUGUUAAUAUGAUUUCUUGGCUAGGGAUAUUUCUUUUUCUUUUUGUC